AUGUUAUUCAGGCAACUUCUCCCCCAAAAGUCUCUUCGUUCUCUGCCUGCCUCCAUCUCCACCUUCUCUCGCACUUCGACCCUUCCUAAGCUUGCGUUUGUGCAGGCUACCCGUGGUUUCGCUUCGGCCCCCGAUCCCUAUGACCUUGUCGUCAUCGGAGGUGGUCCAGGCGGUUACGUCGCGGCCAUCAAGGCUUCCCAGCUGGGUCUCAAGACUGCUUGUAUUGAAAAACGAGGAGCUCUUGGUGGAACUUGUUUGAAUGUCGGCUGCAUCCCGUCCAAAGCCAUGCUCAACAACUCUCAUAUCUAUCACCAGACUCAGCAUGAUCUGAAGAAGCGGGGCAUCGACGUUACCGAUGUCAAACUCAAUCUGACCCAGAUGCUUGCUGCCAAGGAUGCUUCCGUCAAAGCUCUUACCGGAGGAAUCGAGACAUAUCUUUUCAAAAAGAACGGCAUCGACUACAUCAAGGGUGAAGGAUCUUUCGAAUCUGCUGGCGUCAUCAAUGUCAAGCUUUUGGAAGGUGGCGAAACUCAAGUCAAUGCGAAAAAUGUCAUUAUCGCCACUGGCAGUGAAGUGACUCCCUUCCCGGGACUGGAGAUCGACGAAGAACGAAUAGUCAGUUCUACAGGCGCUUUGGAUUUGAAAAAGGUCCCUAAGAAGAUGGUGGUCAUCGGAGGCGGUGUCAUUGGCCUCGAACUCGGCUCUGUCUGGUCCCGUUUGGGUGCUGAAGUCACGGUCGUAGAGUACAUGGGGGCCAUCGGUGCCGGUAUGGACGGAGAAGUUGGCAAGCAAUUCCAGAAAAUCCUCCAAAAGCAAGGAUUCAAGUUCAAGUUGAACACUAAAGUGGUAUCGGGUUCUCGCGAGGGCGACAUUGUCAAGCUUCAUGUGGAUGCUGCCAAAGGCGGCAAAGAGGAAACCAUUGAAGCUGAUGUCGUUCUUGUCGCCAUUGGUCGCCGACCCGUCACCAAGGGUCUCAAUCUCGAAGCCAUUGGUGUGGAAACCGACAACAAGGGACGAAUCAUCAUUGACGAUGAAUUCAACACAAGUGCCAAAGGUGUGAAAUGUAUUGGCGACGUCACGUUCGGCCCUAUGCUUGCUCACAAGGCCGAAGAAGAAGGCAUUGCUGCUGUUGAGAUCAUCAAAAGCGGGCACGGACAUGUCAACUACGAUGCCAUCCCUUCUGUGGUCUACACUCACCCUGAAGUCGCCUGGGUGGGCAAAAACGAGGAGGAACUCAAGGCUGCUGGCGUACAAUACAAGAUCGGAAAAUUCCCGUUCUCUGCUAACUCCAGGGCCAAAACGAACCAGGACUCUGAGUAAGUCAUGCGAUCAAAAGUACCCUGGGCAGCGCUGACCAUCCGUCUUGUAGCGGGUUCGUCAAGUUUGUGAGUUCAUACGACCAAAACCCGUUCAAACGCUGAUAUGUUACAGAUCGUUGAGAAAGAGACCGACCAAGUUUUGGGCGUGCACAUCAUCGGCCCUAACGCUGGUGAAAUGAUAGCUUCCGCGACAUUGGCUGUUGAAUACAAAGCAUCUGCCGAGGACAUCGCCCGAACCUGUCAUGCCCACCCAACUCUCUCUGAAGCUUUCAAGGAGGCCGCGCUGGGCUCGUACGACAAGACCAUCAAUUUCUGAGAAAGGCAAUGGAUUGGUUCUGAAGACUAGAGAGCGAUAAAUCGGGAGACCAGGUA